CUUUUCCCAAUCAGCACGCAGAGGUCACAUUUGCUUCGCCCUAUGAGCCUGCUUUUAUUUAUUUUGUUUUAUUCCAAAGGAAAAACCUAAGUGAAUACCGCACUCUGCCCUUUGGAUUCUGAUUUCCAACACGCUGAAACCACAUUGCUGUCAGAAGCUGAGAGUCCCUGGGAAAGACACCAAUGAUCACAUCAUGAACACAGCAUCCGUUUUGCCUCUUCUGUUGGUUACAAUCCAAAUAUCUCUAUCAGCCUCUUCCUCGUCAGGCUGCAGCACAUUCAGAAAACAGGUGGGAGCCCAGAAUGAAAAAGAGAUGCUUUUUGAAAUGGCCAAGAAGAACAUUCUGAGCAAACUACAUCUGAAGCAAAGGCCGAAGAUUUCACACACCAUCUCCAGGGAAGCUUUAGCACAGGCAUUACUAAGGCUGAAUAUUAGGGUGCAGGAGGACUUACUCUCAAGUAGAGAACAAGCUGAAGAACUGGACAGUGACCAAGACUAUGAAGUCAUCAGCUUUGCUGAUAUUGAAAGCUCUCAAGCCUCUCAGACUAUUCUGCACUUCCACCUUUCUGCUGAAAAAGGCACAUACCGUGAAAUUCAUAAUGCAGCCUUGUGGCUUUAUCUUCAGUCAGAUCCUAGCAAGAAGUUAGCCAUUCAAAUCACAACAUCUCUUGCAAAGGAAAAGUCAUCAACUGAAAUGAUUCACAGGGAAAUUGUAAGAAGUGGCUGGUACACUCUCCCUCUGCCCAUGCUCACCCAGGCAGCACUUGGGGAUGGAGAAGAAAAUAUAUAUCUAUAUCUGGAGUGCCUUAAUUGCACUGGCCAACCUGUGAUCAGAAAUAUUAGUGAUGCUCAACGCCCAUUUCUGGUGGUAAAAGCCCACAACCAGAGAGAAGAUCAUCGUUUCCGCAGGCACAUUACUGAAUGCAGUAGUGAUGUAGACAUGUGUUGCCGAAAGAACUUUUAUAUUGAUUUUAAGGAAAUUGGCUGGACUGACUGGAUUAUUAGUCCAGAGGGUUACAACAUGAAUUACUGUGAAGGUAGAUGUCCUGUUCAUUUAGCUAGGGUUCCUGGUAUUGCAGCAUCUAGCCAUACAGCUAUCCUUAGCCUUAUCAAAGCCAACAACUUGUAUGCAAGCUUCAGCUCCUGCUGUGUCCCUACCAAGCGAAGGCCUCUAUCUCUGCUGUAUUUUGACAUGUAUAACUCCAUAGUAAAGACAGAUAUUCCUGAUAUGAUCGUGGAGAGUUGUGGUUGUACUUAGUAUAUAUAUUCUUCACCAUAUUCCAGGAAUCUGAGCUGGUUUAACCCCCAUGAAAUUUUUAAGUUGUUAAGUUAUAUAUACAAUUGUUCUCCAUAUUCAUGGUUUUCCAUCUUCAAAAUGAAGAACAUUAUAUAAAAUAUACAUUUUACUACA